AUGUCUUCGUUAUCGCCGCCAUAUUUCUCGAGAAGAAUCUUCAGUCGGUUGCAAACUACCUUAUCGUCAGCCUGGCAGUGGCCGACCUUAUGGUGGCGUGUCUCGUCAUGCCUCUGGGUGCCGUUUACGAGAUUAAUUCUGCGGGAUGGUCGCUGGGUCCGGAACUUUGCGACAUGUGGACCAGCAGCGACGUCCUCUGCUGCACCGCUUCGAUUCUGCAUCUCGUUGCCAUCGCCGUGGACAGAUACUGGGCGGUGACAGACCUCAAUUACAUUCAGGCCCGAAAUCCACGGAGAAUCGGGAUGCUGGUAGUGGCAGUCUGGGUUGUAUCUUUGGGGGUCUCUUUGGCGCCUCAACUGGGGUGGAAAGAUCCUGGCUACCUGGACCGCAUCGCCGACGGCAAAUGCGUCGUUUCCCAAGAUGCGGCGUAUCAAAUAUUCGCUACAUGCGCUACCUUCUACGUACCUCUUUUGGUCAUCUUGUUCCUCUAUUGGAGGAUAUUCCAAGCUGCGAGAAGACGGAUCCGGAAAAGGCCAGGAGCGGCUGUUCAGCCACCCCGAGAACGAAGAGGGAUCCUUCGGCUGGUCACCAAAAGGCCGAGGGAGGAGUCGACGACGGCGUUCACAAUAACACGAUCGACUCCGGACAACUCCUCGGCGUCCCCGGAAAAGACGUCUUCGUACAACGGUGCGAAUCCACCGGCAACGCCGGCUCCGAGUCAUUCGGCAACGAGUUCUUCGGGCUCGAAGAAGACUCGGGAAACUAUCGAGGCGAAGCGAGAGCGGAAGGCCGCGAAGACCCUCGCGAUAAUAACCGGAGCUUUCGUCGCCUGCUGGCUGCCCUUCUUCCUCGUCGCCCUGCUCCAGGCACUUUGCGAGCCCUGCGCACCCCCCGAUUUAGUAGCGAGCGUCUUUCUGUGGCUCGGUUACUUCAACAGUACCCUCAACCCCUUGAUCUACACGAUAUUCUCACCGGAAUUUCGACAGGCCUUCAAGCGGAUGCUCUGCGGCACUCGGGGGGGUCGUGGCUGACACUGGGUUUAACUGCCUGCCAGGGUGACGGCUGAUCCACCCUCGCGAAUUACGCGGACCGGGGGAACUUAGCGACGACUACGUCUUGCGCAUAUUCGAUUCUCAAUUUUCAUUUACUCUCGAUCGAAUUUAACAAGUUUUCUUCGAAAAUUUCUAAGUCAUCAAUUUUGGUCUCCUUUUUCGACGUCAGACACACGUUUUAAGGGGUGACUAACCUGAACCGGUUAACUGGUCAUGGAUCAUACAUGUCAUGUGCCAAAAAAAGUGCCCGAACUGGUAAUGGAUCGUACAUAUACACUUUUGAAUAACUCUAAUGUUUCUUGAUGG